GCGGCGGCGGCGGUGGCGGCGACGGUGGCGCUUCCGCCUGGCGGGCCUCGGCCCGGUGCGAGCGGCCCCACGAUGUGGCUGGGCCCCGAGGAGGUGCUGGUGGCCAACGCGCUGUGGGUGACGGAGCGGGCCAACCCCUUCUUCGUGCUGCAGCGGCGCCGCGGCCACGGCAAGGGCGGCGGCCUCACGGGUCUUCUUGUGGGUACCCUGGACGUGGUGUUGGACUCCAGUGCCCGCGUGGCCCCUUACCGAAUCCUGCACCAGACCCAGGACUCGCAGGUCUACUGGACGGUGGCAUGUGGUUCUUCCCGCAAAGAGAUCACAAAGCACUGGGAAUGGCUGGAGAAUAACUUACUCCAGACGCUGUCCAUCUUUGACAACGAGGAAGAUAUCACCACCUUUGUCAAGGGCAAGAUACAUGGCAUCAUCGCAGAAGAGAACAAAAACCUGCAGCCCCAGGGAGAUGAGGACCCGGGGAAAUUCAAGGAGGCCGAGUUGAAGAUGAGGAAGCAAUUCGGGAUGCCUGACGGGGAGAAGCUGGUCAACUACUAUUCCUGCAGCUAUUGGAAGGGCCGCGUGCCCCGGCAGGGCUGGCUCUACCUGACCGUCAACCACCUGUGCUUCUACUCUUUCCUGCUGGGGAAGGAAGUGAGCCUGGUGGUGCAGUGGGUGGAUGUCACGAGGCUGGAGAAGAAUGCCACGCUGCUCUUCCCUGAGAGCAUCCGUGUGGACACCCGGGACCAGGAGCUCUUCUUCUCCAUGUUCCUGAACAUCGGCGAGACCUUCAAGCUCAUGGAGCAGCUGGCCAACCUGGCCAUGCGGCAGCUGCUGGACAGUGAGGGCUUCCUGGAGGACAAGGCGCUGCCCCGGCCUGCUCGGCCACACAGGAACAUCUCAGCUCUGAAGCGAGACCUGGAUGCCCGAGCGAAGAAUGAGUGCUACCGGGCCACAUUCCGCCUGCCCAGGGACGAGCGCCUGGACGGCCACACAGGCUGUACCCUGUGGACCCCGUUCAACAAGCUGCACAUCCCUGGCCAGAUGUUCAUCUCCAGCAACUAUAUCUGCUUCGCCAGCAAAGAGGAGGACGCCUGCCACCUCAUCAUACCCCUGCGGGAGGUGACCAUUGUUGAGAAAGCUGACAGCUCCAGUGUCCUGCCCAGCCCUCUGUCCAUCAGCACCAAGAGCAAAAUGACUUUCCUGUUCGCCAACCUGAAGGACCGUGAUUUCUUAGUGCAGAGGAUCUCUGACUUCCUCCAGAAAAUGCCAUCCAAGCAGCCAGGUGGCCACGGAGGGGGAAGGAAAGCCAGCACUGCGGACCCGGCCCCAGAGCCCUCCCCGACACCUCCAGAGACGUCAGAUCAGCUUGCCAGCCCCACCACACCCCUUGGCAGCCGCCAAAGCUCCAGCAUACAGGAGGCACCGACCGCCUCCCAGGGUCUGCUUAAACUCUUCCAGGGGAACUCACCCAUGGAGGACCUGGGGGCCAGGGGGGCCAAGGAGAAGAUGAAAGAAGAGUCGUGGAACAUUCACUUCUUUGAGUAUGGACGUGGUGUGUGCAUGUACCGCACAGCCAAAACACGGGAGCUGGUGCUGAAAGGCAUCCCCGAGAGCCUCCGCGGGGAGCUGUGGCUUCUCUUCUCUGGGGCCUGGAAUGAGAUGGUGACUCACCCCGGCUACUACGCCAACCUGGUAGAGAAGUCCACAGGGAAGUACAGCCUGGCCACGGAGGAGAUAGAGCGAGAUCUCCACCGCUCUAUGCCCGAGCACCCUGCCUUCCAGAAUGAGCUCGGGAUUGCUGCCCUCCGGCGGGUGCUGACUGCCUAUGCCUUCCGAAACCCCACCAUCGGCUACUGUCAGGCCAUGAACAUUGUCACCUCGGUGCUCCUGCUCUAUGGCAAUGAGGAGGAGGCCUUCUGGCUGCUGGUGGCCCUCUGUGAACGCAUGCUGCCUGACUAUUACAAUACCAGGGUGGUAGGGGCCCUCGUGGACCAAGGCAUCUUUGAGGAGCUCACGAGAGACUUCCUACCCCAGCUCUCUGAGAAAAUGCAGGACCUGGGAGUGAUCUCCAGCAUCUCUCUCUCCUGGUUCCUGACCCUCUUCCUCAGCGUCAUGCCUUUUGAGAGCUCUGUGGUCAUUGUUGACUGCUUCUUCUAUGAGGGCAUCAAGGUGAUCCUGCAGGUGGCUCUGGCCAUCCUGGAUGCCAACACAGAGCAGCUGCUGGGCUGCAGCGACGAGGGUGAAGCCAUGACCGUCUUGGGCAGAUAUCUGGAUAAUGUGGUCAACAAGCAGAGUGUUUCUCCUCCUAUUCCACACCUCCAUGCCCUGUUGACUAGUGGAGAUGACCCUCCAGCAGAAGUGGACAUUUUCGACCUCCUGAAGGUGUCGUAUGAGAAAUUCAGCAGCCUGAGGGCCGAAGACAUCGAACAGAUGCGGUUUAAACAGAGGCUGAAAGUGAUCCAGUCCUUGGAGGACACGGCCAAGAGGAGCGUGGUCCGAGCUAUACCUGGGGACAUCGGUUUCUCAAUUGAAGAACUGGAGGACCUUUACAUGGUGUUUAAGGCCAAGCACCUGGCAAGUCAAUACUGGGGGAGUGGCCGCCCCACAGCCGUGCGUCGGGACCCCAGCCUGCCCUACCUGGAGCAGUAUCGCAUUGAUGCAGGCCAGUUCCGGGAACUCUUUGCCAGCCUGACACCCUGGGCCUGUGGCACCCACACGCCAGUGUUGGCAGGACGCAUGUUCCGGCUCCUGGACGAAAACAAGGACUCUCUGAUCAACUUUAAGGAGUUUGUGACUGGGAUGAGUGGGAUGUACCAUGGGGACCUGACAGAGAAGCUCAAGGCACUCUACAAGUUGCACCUGCCCCCAGCCCUGAGCCCGGAGGAGGCCGAGUCGGCCCUGGAAGCAACCCAUUACUUCACCAAGGACAGCUCCUCUGAAGCAUCUCCUCUGGCCUCAGAUCUGGACCUUUUCCUGCCCUGGGAGGCUCAAGAAGCACUGCAGCAGGAAGAGCAAGAGGGAAGCAGAAAUGAGGACGUCCAAGAAAAGAGAGGAGAGGAGAAGGGGACCAGCCCUCCCGACUAUCGGCACUACCUUCGCAUGUGGGCCAAAGAGAAAGAGGUUCAGAAGGAGACCAUUAAGGAUCUUCCCAAAAUGAACCAGGAACAGUUCAUUGAGCUGUGCAAGACACUUUACAAUAUGUUCAGCGAGGACCCCAUGGAGCAGGACUUGUACCAUGCCAUCGCCACGGUGGCAAGCCUGCUGCUCCGCAUCGGUGAGGUGGGCAAGAAGUUUUCGGCGCAGCCGGGCAGGAAGCCCAGGGAUGGUGUGCCCGAGGAGGACGAGCCCGUGGCCACUGAACCCCCACAGGACCCAGCCCCAGAGCUUCAGCCCCCAGCCACAGGGGAUCCCCAGGCCAAAGCCGGGGGAGACACCCACCUCGGGAAAGCUCCACAGGAGAGCCAGGUGGUGGGCGAAGGGGGCAGCGGCGAGGGCCGGGGCUCCCCCUCCCAGCUUCUGUCGGACGACGAAACCAAAGACGACAUGUCCAUGUCCUCCUACUCAGUGGUCAGCACUGGCUCCCUGCCAUGCGAGGACCUGGCUGACGACACGGUGCUGGUGGGCGGGGAGGCCCGCAGUCCUCCAGCCACCGCCCGCUGUGGCGGCGCUGUAGACACAGACUGGUGCAUCUCCUUUGAGCAGAUCCUGGCCUCCAUCCUGACGGAGUCCGUCCUGGUGAACUUCUUUGAGAAGAGGGUGGACAUCGGACUCAAGAUCAAGGAGCAGAAGAAGGUGGAGAGACAGUUCAGCACCUCCAGCGACCUCGAACAGUCUGGAGUUUCAGGCUGACAGGGACCUGGCCUGUCUCUCUGCUUCCCCCUCCCCCUUCGUGUUCUCUUUUCUCCUUAAGGACGCACCCCUCUUGCUCUCCCCAGACGCAGUCAGUUGUGAAUGGAAAAAAGGCUGAAUGGCCACAGCUGGGUCCCCUCAUGCCCUGCUUCAUGGGACCACCUUGGUCCCAUGCAGUGUCAGAGGCCGUCCAUCCUGGCCUGCUUGCCCAGUGCCUCCGUGCCCCAUUCUGUAGCCAGGCUACCCUGCUCCUUCCACUUCUAAGAAAAUGGGAGGGUACCCUGCAGCUGAGUACUCCUGGGGGAGAGGAGGGCUGCAGCUGAGUACUCCAGGUGGGGGUGGGGGUCGGUGGGGAGCUUUCCUGCCAUUUGGCACCAGGCAGCGAGUCUCAUGCCUGUUGAGCAUCAAGGUGGUGGGAACUUCAAGGUGCUUUCUGGAAGCCCCUGAGCCCAAGCCCCUGGCCAAGAGACACAGGCAGGAAGUGUCUAGAGCACCAGGGCAGGUGCCACACAGGCGUUACUCGAAAUGCUCUUUCAGCUCAUCAGCCUCACCAUUAACCUUAAAAGCACAUCCCUCAGGUCCUGAUCUAUUUCCUUGUAUUCAUUUCAGUUGGCUGAAGAUCACACUGUGCUCAAUGCCUUAAUAAACCCCUGAAAGAACUCGAUACCAUACUGCGUGCAGAGCCUUAAUGGGGCCUCAGCUAUGGCUUGGGCUUCUGGCUUCUUCCCAGGCAGUUGGGCCCCCAGGCCAUGUUCCAGACGUUCUGGGCACUCAGACCCCCACAGGGGUAGGGCUUCGGGGCCCUCAGGAAGAAUGAGGACACAGAAGGUGCUGAUGCAGACCCGGUAGGGCCUGAACUGACCUUUGCCGAUGGGGGCAGUCCCAAGCUCCACAGGUGCAAGCAGCCUGGGCCCCCGUGGGUGCAGGGGUGUGGUUGGGCCUGGGCUGCAGCAUGUGCUUGGGGCAAGUUGAUGUGGGGCCGCAGGUAGCAGACUGAACCAUGAGCACCCCCUAGCUUUGGGACAAGAGCUGAUCCUUGAUGUCUGGCAUUCGCCUUCCUUCCCAUCCCUACCACGUGGGUAAGGAUAAGUCCUGGGGCUGGGCUUUUUUCCCUCAUUUUGUAAGUAGGCUCCCUACCCAGCAUGGAGCCCAACAUCGGGCUUGAACUCACGACCUUGAGAUCAAGACCCUAGUUGAGAUCAAGAGUCUUAUGCUUAACUGGCAGAGCCACGCAGGUGUGCCCUGUGUUUGUUUUUUCUUUUAAUUUAGUAGCUUAUUGAGGUAUAAUUUAUAUGCUAUAAAAUUCACUUGUUUUGAGCUAUAUUUCAAUGAUUUUGAGUAAAUUUAUAGAGUUGUGCAGCUGUCCCCAUCAUGCAAUUUUAGAGUACUUCCAUCACCUGAGAAAGACCCUCCCACCUACGUGCAGCCAAUCCCCAUUCCCACCCAGCUCCAAGGAACCACUAAUUUACUUUCUAUUUAUAGGUUUUAUGGCUGGUGUUUUAAAUGACAGUCUCUGUGAUUUUACCCUGUUCACAACUGCUGGUUCACAUCUCAAUAAAUGUGGCGAAAAAACAUCAAGGAAACUGAAUAACUGUUUGCUUAACAACAACAAAAAAAAUGUCAUUAACCAAUGUAAUUUCCUUUCUAGGAUUUAUACAAACUGACCACACACUUUGCCAUAAAGUAAUUUCAAAGGGUUCAUAUCCAAAAGACUGCAUUUUUGGCCAUAAUGAAAUUAAGUAAAUAUCUAUGUAACAACCUCAUAAAGUUGGCAGUUUAAAGUCUUAAGUUGAUUGUAAUCAAUUAGAUGUAAAUAAAGCGAAAUUUGGAUAAA